UACGUCCUAGCGACCUUUGGCCAAUCGGAGGACUGGCUGAGCCAGCAGAUCGUGAUCCGCUGUUUCUGUUUCGCAUUCGCACGGCUGCAUCGGUGUCUUCACUGGCUGAGUGCAUUGCUCCGACGUCUUUACCAGGCUGCGAGUGCUCUUCUCGAUAGUGCCUCCUGGCUGUUGCGAUGGGUGACAACUCGGGCAUCGGCGAGUGGCAGUUCUGCGUGAGGGCAGUCACCGAGCCUGGAGAGACCUUGGCGGUCAUCGGCGAGUGUCCGCAGCUGGGUCAAUGGAAACUGCAGGGGGCCUUGGACUUGCAGUGCGGCCACGAAGGAAACGUGUGGCGCGGCACAGCCCGACUGCCUAGGGGAAAGUCGAUCGCGUACAGAUACCUGGUGUGCGUUUUGGUCCCGUCGGACGGCGAACGCCUCAUGGAGAUGGUCAGGGUGGUCAAGCGAUGGGAGACCCACCCCCAGCCCAGGGUUAUUACUCAGCAGGAUUCGGAAAGAACUCAAUGCAGAGAAGCUGUUGAUGAAUUUGGUUUGGUUGGAAACCUUCAGCAUGUCGAGCGAGGUUGGUUGACAGCCGAGACAGUAAUUCAACUGAAGAUCUUUGGCGACGAACCCAUUAAAAUGUGGAAGCGACGACUUCUUAACAAACAAGUUUUGGUGAAAGUCACUCCUGUGAAUCUGGUUGCUGGAUCGGCGCCGGAGAGGUUAGCAAAAGCUGGAGAAUUGUCUUUGGACGAGAGCAUGGACACGCUGGAGCUUUCUGGGAACAAUGGGGAGCGAUCUAGUUGGCCCAUUACUGAACUCUCGGUUAUGGACGAAGACGACUGCGAGUUCAGACCGCAAGAGCAGUUUGGACGAGUUUACAAAGCGGGUGAUUUUUUCUUGUAUCAGAUUCAAGUGCUCUUUGCAGACAAUGUGGCUUACCUUGUUGACUUUUACGCUCGCAGCCAAGGCUCGGCCGACGAAGAUGUGCCGACGCAUGUGGGCUUCAGCUACAUUCUGCCCAGCGUGAUGAAGGCCAGUGAGGGCCAAGCGAUAGUCCCAAUAACUGGACUCAGACACCAGCCGAUUGGACAGCUGACCGUCGAGUACCUCAAAGUAGCACCCAUGGCCAACGACGAGUGCAACAUGAAAGAGGUCUACAGCCGAUACUGGAGCCAUACCUGGUGUGGCCUUGAUGUCGGUCACAGGGGUGCAGGAAACUCGUUCAAGAUGCAGAAAAUAGGCAUGGCAGAGAUUCGGGAGAAUACAAUCGCCUCCCUAACUCAGGCUGCCCGUCAUGGAGCCGACUUUGUUGAGUUUGACGUUCAACUUUCCCGAGAUUUGGUUCCCGUCAUUUACCAUGAUUUCCAUGUCAUCAUCUCAAUGAAACAGAAAAGCACUCUUCCCGACAAUGAUCUUCUCACCCUGCCUGUCAAGGACCUUACUCUCCAACAGUUGCAUCUGCUCAAGGGCAUAAAUUGGCCAGUGCCUAGUAAAGUCCUCCAUUUUAGCGCCGUUGAUGAUGGCUACGGCAGGGUAUAUCACCUUGAAGAAGGCAAAGAUCAGCUAAAGCCGAGGUUUUUUGACGAAGAUCUCGAAGACCACCAGCCAUUCCCUACCCUGAGGUCAGCUUUGGAAAAACUUGACGAGCAUGUUGGAUUCAACAUUGAGAUUAAAUGGACUAUGCAGCUCAAAGACGGAACAUAUGAGUUGUACCAUCCCUUUGAUCUGAAUUUGUACCUGGACAUAGUUUUAGAAUGUGUUCUCAAACACGGAGGCCACAGAAAAAUCAUUUUCUCAUGCUUUCAUCCUGACAUUUGCACCAUGAUUCGCUUAAAGCAGAAUAAGUAUCCAGUUAUGUUCUUGACCCAAGGAGCGACUAGCAAGUACCCUAAGUACAAUGACCCUCGAUGCCAUGACAUCCAUGGUGCCAUAUACUUUACCAAAGCCGCUGGAAUUCUUGGUGUAAAUGCGCACACGGAGGACCUGUUGAGAGACCCAUCUCUCGUUCAAGCUGUUAGAGACGCGGGGUUGGUUUUGUUCUGCUGGGGUGACGACAACAACGACGCCAACACAAUCAGACACCUCAAAGCAUUGGGACUCCAUGGAGUUAUUUAUGACAAGAUUGAUCAGUUGGCUUGUAAAGAAGUGAAAGAGAGCAUCUUCUUGGUCGAAGCAAGAGGAGGUGAAAGACAGAAGAUUGCUGCACUAGGCAUCCAGAGUCUAGCUCAGUCCGCAGUAGAAUCACAAGGGUGUGGCCAGGAAUCCGAUGAAGGACCUAUUUUGAAUCUUGCACCUACUACGUCUGCUUCUGGUUCAUGCUAGCACGCUUUACUUCCCUCUUCGUCCUUCAUCUCACCAAAGUUAUUCAAAUAAUAUAAAUAAUUGUAUAAAGUAUGAAAAUUUAUAAAUUAUCAUAAGAAAAAAAUGGAGAAUAGCUAUUGACUUGCGUAACUGGCUCUUUAAAUAAUCAUAUUCUGCUUAGGAUUUUGGCUACUUGAGCUAAAAGUUAUCAAAUGUUAUACAUUUUAAUUUAGCGAGAGGAACUAUUUUUCAUUGCCCAUACUGUGGAUCACACUGGGAAUCACGCAAUUUACCAUUGCAUAUAUUUUAUCUUCAAUACAAGGGACAAUCACACUUAAUUAAUUUAUAUUUUGUGUGCUGAGGCAAGAUAUCACCAAGUACAACAUUGUUCAUUAGAGGAGUUAGAAAUUCCAAGUAUUAUUUUUAUUGAAGUAUAAGCAAAUACGUAACCAAUAGUCACAAUAUGGCUUAUUUAGCUUUCGAAUUAUGCAAUUUGUGCUUCCUGCUCAAUAAAGAUACAUAAACAUUAGU